GCGGAGACUCCUCCCCUUCCCUCUUCUCUCUCUGCCUUACUCGCCUCCCUUCGCCCGCUCGCCGCCUCAGCAGCAGCAGCAGCAGCGCCACCUUCCUUCCUCCUCCCUUCCCUCCCGGUUCCUGCUGCCCCCGCGAGGCACCUGCGCCCCUCCCCCUCCUCCUCAGCCGCCGCCACAGCGAGAGAGAAGGACAAGGCCGGAGUCGGCCGCGACCUCACCCCGCGCGCGAGACCUCCCUCCCUCCCUACAGGAGGGACCAGCCCUUAACAGACGGGAUUUAUUACCAUGAUGCCGCAUGUGUGCGGUGUGUGUUGCUGUGUGGUGGUGGUUGUUGCCUUUCACUUCCCCACCUCCCCAAUAUACAAAGAAUUCAUCUAUGAAUAAAACAAUGUGUGAAUUGUGAUGGGGGGAAAUGUAUCAAUAUUGGAACAUUAUAUUGGAAGCACUUUAAAAACCAGUAAAUGGUGCUGAUAGAAGAUCUACAGAGAUUAUAUUUUCCUGUAACAACUACGAAGGAAAAAUACUUUGCGAAUGGGAUGAAUACAAAAGCAGUGACUGCCAGCAGCAGCUUGCUGACUCACAGUAACUAGCUGGAGCACUCAACUAGUGAUGUUUCCAUUUCUACUUUACCGCAUUUGAGCUUGACUGUCUUGAAAGGGGAAAUAAGUUCAAAGUGGAGUACCGUAAACUUGAUAUGGAUAGCAAAAAGAAAGACAAGGACAAACUGGAUGAUAGAAUGGCAAGGCCUAGUGGACGAUCAAGUCACAAUCCACGCGGCAGCAGCUCUUCAAACUCUGGAGUGUUAAUGGUUGGACCUAACUUUAGAGUCGGGAAAAAAAUUGGAUGUGGCAAUUUUGGAGAGCUACGAUUAGGAAAAAAUUUGUAUACAAAUGAAUAUGUGGCAAUUAAGCUGGAGCCAAUGAAGUCAAGAGCACCACAGCUGCACUUGGAAUACAGAUUCUACAAGCAGUUAGGAUCUGGUGAUGGAAUACCUCAGGUUUACUAUUUUGGCCCUUGUGGCAAGUAUAAUGCUAUGGUGCUGGAACUACUGGGACCUAGUUUGGAAGAUUUAUUUGACUUGUGUGAUAGGACUUUUUCUCUAAAAACUGUUCUUAUGAUAGCCAUACAGUUGAUUUCUCGAAUGGAAUAUGUUCAUUCAAAGAACUUAAUAUACAGAGAUGUAAAACCUGAAAACUUCUUAAUAGGACGACCAGGAAACAAAACUCAACAAAUUAUUCAUAUUAUAGAUUUUGGUUUGGCAAAAGAAUAUAUAGAUCCAGAGACAAAGAAGCACAUACCAUACCGAGAACACAAAAGCCUUACAGGAACUGCUAGAUACAUGAGUAUAAAUACACAUUUAGGAAAAGAGCAAAGUAGAAGAGAUGAUUUGGAAGCUUUAGGUCAUAUGUUCAUGUAUUUUUUAAGAGGCAGUCUUCCAUGGCAAGGCUUAAAGGCAGAUACACUGAAAGAACGGUAUCAGAAAAUUGGAGACACAAAGCGAGCAACCCCCAUAGAAGUACUGUGUGAGAACUUUCCAGAGGAAAUGGCUACAUAUCUUCGUUACGUGAGAAGACUAGAUUUUUUUGAAAAACCAGACUAUGACUACUUAAGAAAGCUCUUUACAGACUUGUUUGAUCGGAAGGGCUAUAUGUUUGAUUAUGAAUAUGACUGGAUUGGUAAACAGCUGCCUACUCCAGUGGGUUCAAUCCAUUCGGAUCCUGCAAUAUCUUCCAACAGAGAAGCACAUCCUCACAGAGAUAAGAUGCAACAGUCGAAAAAUCAGUCGACAGACCACAGGGCAGCUUGGGACCCCCAUCAGGCCAAUCCCCAUCACUUGAGAGCUCACCUAGCAGCUGACAGACAUGGUGGCUCGGUACAGGUUGUAAGCUCAACAAAUGGAGAGCUCAACACAGAUGAUCCUACUGCAGGACGUUCAAAUGCACCCAUCACAGCCCCUACAGAAGUGGAAGUAAUGGACGAAACAAACUGCCAGAAAGUGUUGAACAUGUGGUGCUGCUGUUUUUUCAAGCGAAGGAAAAGGAAAACCAUUCAGCGUCACAAAUGACUUUGGAAGAAGGCAGACCAUGGGGAAUUACUUACUUGCUCAUCUGCUAUAUCGUGAUUAGUGACCACACGUUUUUCUGGCACCCCUAUUUCAAUGAGAAGGUCCUCAUACUUGCUUUGAUUUGGUGGUUCAACAUAUUUAGUUUGGAUCAUCUCUUCUGGAAGCUUUAAGUCUGUGUCCACAUGAGUAUAUAUUUGACCACUAAGAUACUGGACCAAUGGGGAAAAAUGCUGCUCUUUCCUCCAGCAAAACUAAACUGUCAUAGAAAACAUUAGCAGUGAUUAGCUGAAGACCAGAUAUUUCAUAAACCUGGCUUGUGCUGAGGUUUUUCUGAUGCCAUACCGAAAGCAGGUGAUUUUUCAGAGAACAAUGGACAUGAAAGCAUAACUACCCAAACAUUUGAAAUACAUCUUGCUUUAAGAUUUCUUUUGUCAGUAACACUUGCAUUGAUUUCCCCUUCCCCCAUUGCUUUGAAGGUACUGCAUUUGCAAAAUUGUUACCAUUAAAUCCUACCAGAAAACAUGGUACAGUCACUGCCUAGUGGUACUGAGACAGAAGCAAGAAAAGGAGUCCUCUGAUGCCAAAAGUCUGUGCUGUGGUUUCUAGGGGAGCGGGUGAAUCACUGUUGGUAAAAUCUGGAUUUAAAACUCAGCUUUUGUUGUGCCUCUAAUUGAAAUGCAGUGUAGUAGAAGUGGCAAUAGUGCUUGUACAGAAAUAAUGUUUGUAUAAUGCAAGUUGUGCUUCCAGUUAUGUCCGACACAAAGGCUGAAACUUCAACAGAAAAAUGCUUAGGAGUUCUGAAAAAACACACUACAAAGAAAUAACUGUGAACAUGAAUCGGGGAAUACAUUCAAAAAAAUUUAAUCAAAAGCUAGUGCUGAAUAACAAGUUUCAAAGUGAAGGUCUGGAUGUGCCAUGUAACACAAUUUAGGUCUGUUUGUAAAUUAUUUUGCUAUUUGAUUUAAGAAAAGAAAUGGAUUGGAUGUAAUACUGCCUUUAAUGAAUGCUAGCCCUUAGUUCCUGAUCACAGCCGGAGGUUCCUGGAACUUUCUUACGCUUUGGUGAAAUAUUGCGACACUAAGAAACAGUUAACAGCCUUGGUCAGGUACUUUCCUCAGAGCUCCUUGAAGUGCCUGUAUUAUGAACAAGUGAACUGUUCAGUAGAAAAGGCAGCCCCCCCCCAUUGUUUCAUUUAAAGCCAUAAUGACAGAGGUGUGCUUUUGUCAUGUUUAGCUGCCAGCAUCAUGUGGAGAUGGAGCAAAGGAAGUAAAAUGGCUAGACGGAUUUGUUGACCAAAACUCAAAUGGUUUGUUUCCUUUUAAAAAGAGCCUCCUAGAGCUAACUUUUAAUAACUUUGUCUAUCAGUGCAUGCCUUUGGGCAUACUUAUUUAUUUUUAAUAUCUUGUGGUAACAUUCAAAAUGUGUAUUAAAAUCGAUAAAUGCACACCUUUGGAUUCAUUAUUGCAUUUACAGGGAUUGUUUUGUAAUUUAUUUCCCCCCCUUAACAGCCAAAAGUGCAGUGCAUUGUCUUGAAUUAGGUGCACAUAAGAACACAUUGUGCAGAUCUGGUCAUUGUUUGUCACUGUUGCUGUUAAUGACUUUAGUAAAUCCUUGGUAUACAAGCUUGAACCUGGCCUAUUAAAACAUAGACUAUAUUACUUGGUCGAAAGUUUUCACUCUACCUGUUUGUAUUAUUGAUAAUGUCUUAAACUCCCAAUGAGAGUUUUUAAUUUUUAUUUGAGCUGAGAAGGUAGCCAUCCUAAUGUGAACACUUUCUUUGCAGUAUUUGACCAAAUUUUUCUUCAUAAUAUUUGUAAAUAUGUGCAGUAUCCUAUCAUACACCUGUUCAAUUUCAUCUUCAAGGGUUUCUUUGGCCUGUACAGUGUUUAUAUGAUCUGAACUCCUUACACAUAAUCCAAUUAUGGACUUGAAGAUUUAAAAAAAUAUAAAACCUGUUUGUUUACUGCAAAGACCAGAAUCUAGUCAUGGCUAUUUAGCAAUAUUUUUACAUACUCCACUUUAAUGCUAAGGAAGACCUUGUCCUCGCAACACACAACUGGUCAGUAGUAAGUUAUGCAGUUUAUGUUCAGGUUAAGCCAACAAUGUUUGCAUUUAUAUGCUUUUUCCCUGUCUAAACUAAUGAAAUCAACAUUGCCUGAAUGUCUGAAUAAUAAAACACAUCCCUGUUUAAAAAUAUGUAACAGAUGAAGAAGAAAAAAUAAAGGUAGUUUUUUUACUUGUCUCUUCCAUCUUUUCCACAGCAUUGAAACUGUGAAGAUAAGGGACUACAAGGGACAACUGGCCUAUUUCCACUACCACUAAAAAGUUUUAAUUUAAAGUCUGUACACACCUAUGAAAAGAAUCAAUAGGCAUAUUUCAUGACUCCAUUGCAAAUACAGGCUUGCAGUGGCAUUGCUACUCCUUCAAAUACCAAGCUGAAAGUAAUUACUGAUGGUACUCUAGUUUUUAUGGGACGCAGGUGGCGCUGUGGUCUAAACCACAGAGCCCAGGGCUUGCUGAUCAGAAGGUUGGCGGUUCGAAUCCCCGCAACGGGGUGAGCUCCCGUUGUUCGGUCCCAGCUUCUGCCCACCUAGCAGUUCGAAAGCACGUCAAAGUGCAAGUAGAUAUAUAGGUACUGCUCUGGCGGGAAGGUAAACAGCAUUUCUGUGCGCUGCUCUGGUUCACCAGAAGCGGCUUAGUCAUGCUGGCCACAUGACCUGGAAAGCUGUCUGUGGACAAACACCGGCUCCCUUGGCCAGUAAAGCGAGAUGAGGGCCGCAACCCCAGAUUCAUCUGUGACUGGACCUAACAGUCAGGGGUCCCUAUACCUUUACUCUAGUUUUUAACAACUUCAGAUAUGGUAUCUAACCUAGGCUUUCAAAAUUUAUUUCUUACUAAGGUGAAGGUAUGCCAUUGCCCAUGCAUUAUGGCCUUCCAGUGUUUUUCUAUCUCUGAUUCUGUUUAGCUUGGUGGCGCACUUGUUUAGACAUAGUCUAACCUGUACUAGUUUGACAAAGUACAUAAAACUCAUAGCUAAUAUAUAGUGAUGUAAAAAAAUAAUUGAUAAAGGCAGUCUUUUUGUUUAAUAGUGAUUAAUUGAUUUAACUGGCAAAUAGCAGUGAUUGAACUAAGGAUAGCUAGUAUAUAUCUGGAUGAUAUCCAACAUUAGGCAUAGAGUAGACCCACUGAAACCAAGCUGCGCCCUGCGAGGGCGGGGGCGCCAGAGCGAUCUCCGCCCCUCAGCGCCAGGGCGGCCGACCUGCUUGAGACUGCCCUGAUUACUACUACUGCUACUACUCUGAGUAUGCCCAAUGCUGGAUAUCUCUAACUUGCCUGGUUUGCACAUAAUGCUAAACCAUGUUUUAUUAAACUAUAGCUUAGUGUUAUGUAUGAACCCUGCCCAUCAGUUCAACUCUGAUUUGUUUACUGCAAACAAACCAAUAUCUGAAACCUUGGUAUGUUGUCUUACAACAGGUGGCUGAUCUACUCACAGAGUUAAAAACUGGCAGUGAGCUACCCCCUCCUUUGGGUUUCAGGUCAAAGUUGUUGAGCUUUUUUUUUUAGGAAGGAGGAAGGCCCAUGGGGGGGGGGGGGUUUCAGGUCAUGAUCUACCUGUUGGAUGUGCCUGUUUAGAACAUUGUUUUGUUUUGUUUUGCUGGCUUGUCAUUACAUAUCACCAUGGUUUAUUUGACCCCACCACAGAAGCUCACCAAACUACAAAGGCAUGAGGCAAAAGCAGAUGAAAACGAACCACACUUCAUAGAAAUAAGCCAUGGCUUGAUUAUCUGUAGAGCAACUCAUGGUUAACUUGUGAUUUGUUAAACAUCAUGGUUUUACAUUGCAUGUGGCUGUUUUUUCUGUUGGAUGGGGUGAUUCAUCUGGUGAUUCAUCUGGUGAAGGGUGGGUAGUAACAACGACAACAACAUUUUAGGGGUCUAAAAGGUAUUUCAAGAAAAUAGAUUUAGAGUCAUGCAGGUCUUCUGUAAUUUAUUCUAUAUUAUAAAAUAAGAUUACUUUGCUCUAAUACAAAAAGUAAGACUGAAUAGGGAAAGCUGUGUUCUUGAGGCUUUUAAAAAAGCAUUUAAAAGAACUUCAAAUAUAUAUUUUGAAGACACAAGUAGGGCUUGGUUUGUGCCUAGGUUAAAACAUAACAUAUUGCAUCACUAUUGUGCAUUGUUUUAAUAACAAUUGUAAAAUAAUAAUAAUAAUAAUAAUAAUAAUAAUAAUAAUACCCAGUAAAGGGAAGAGGUCUACCUGGUGCCAAAAUGUAUCUCCAGGACAUUCUCUCUUGUGCAUGGAUGGUGGCAUUUUGACUUUAUAAGGAUACACUCUAGGACAAUAAGUUUGCUCUUGGUAUACAGGAUUCAAAGCAUAAAUAACAGCCAAAGAGAAAGAGUGCAAAGGGUUAGUAGAACACACAAAGCCCUAGACCUACAAUAAGAAAGAAAUAAGGGUCAAGAUUUAUAGAAAGAGAGAUGCAAUUGAGGAACAUAAUACAUCAAACAGUUAAGAGAAUUGGAAAAGGACGGGCUUAAAACAGGUACAAGAUAAUAGGAUAUUAAUAAAGUGCAUAAUGUAUCUUCCCCCUGCCCCUCCCUGCUUUGUUAUGACCUGCCUGGUAUGAAGACAGCGGGCCAAGUUGCCAUGGCAGCCAAUUACUGGUGUUGAUGCAGAGAAAAUACCCACCAAUCUGAAGAAUCACAAACCUGAAAAAUAAAUUAGUUAAUAGGCUUGGCCUUUUUUUUAAACGCUCUCAAAACUGGCUGGAUCCUAAAUCCAGUUGUGCCACAGAGCCAACUGUGUUUAAUGCUAACCCCGAGUCCCUGCUGUGAUAUGAUUCUUCCCUGCGGGAAUCUUCCUAUAGAGAGAGAGAGGCAGGUUGUCAACCACAUUAAGGUGUCGUCCCACACUUUUCUAGGCACAAAUCUGCACUCUCCCCCACCCACUCUUUACUGAUUUUUUUUAUCAGAGCAAAUGGCAAUUCUAUUCACAGGCAAAGCGCCAGGGCAAAAAGGGGGGCUCAAACAUGGUCCUGGAAACCUUUGCCUAGAAAUGCAGAGCAAAAGUAAGUGUUGAUGAGCCCUAAGGUGGGAUAGCUCAGUCGGUAGAGCAUGAGACUCUCAAUCUCAGAGUCGCAGGUUUGAGCCUCACGUGGGGCAAAAUAUGCCUGCAUUGCAAGAUUCCUGCAUUGCAGGGGGUUGGACAACACAGGGUAUCUUCCAACUUGUAUUCUAUGAUUCUUAAAAAAAAAAAAUAAGGUUCCUCUUUCCUUGUGUUUCCCUUACUGGUGCCAGAUAAUAAUUUCUACUGUUUCCAAAAGGCUUAUACAGUAUUGUUUUCUGUGCUGGUGAAAUAUUGCAAGUCUCUCUCUCCCCCCCCCUGACAUAAAAAUAACAAUUUUGUCUUCAACACACAGCACUGCUACAUCAUGAGUAGGUGUUGUAGCAAGGGAAGAAGCACUCAAUAUUCCACUUUUUGCAGAACUAGCACAAACUGGUGCAUAGCCGGGUGAUUUAUUUUAAAUAUACACGCCUGGGAAUAGUUAGAGGUACUCUUGAAAUGCUGAUAAAUUUGCAUUUUCUGAAAUUUGCUAGUUAAUGAAAAAUUAUACAGGCAAGUCACUGGAAAUACUAAACAGGGAAAUGGACAUGGCAGCGAUGAAGAAAUUGACAAUUUUUACACAUUUGGAAAAUAGAGCUAGGGAAGAAAUUAAGAGUGUGUGAGUUUGAACAAGUUUAACCCACUGGAAUAACGAUUAUUAACUAUCUUGUAUAUUUCCUUUGCACUGUCAUCUCCCCCCACCUUUUGGGAGGCAAUAAAUAGAUUUUGUUAGAAAUGCAUAAAUGUUGCCAGUUUGGAAUCUAGAGAUGGUAAAGAACCAAUCCAAAACUCAAGGGGUUUACAAGUAAAUAGCAAAAUAAACAUAAAAUACUCUUGGGCUACUGACCCUGAAGCUGAUCAUACACUGUGAUUGGAAUUCUUCAAGGCAUGAGAGGUAAAUAAACAAUGGGAAAGAACCACAAGGGACAAAUAUUUUAAUAAAAUUGAUAAUUUUGUAUACUUUCCCCUGGAUUUCACUUGCUGGCUCUUGUUCUGAAUAAUAAUCACCAAAACUUGUUUUUUGUCAAAUGAAUACUGUAUUUGAGGGGUUAAUAGCAAAUUUCACAUAUUUUACACUUAUGUAUAUGAUGCAUCACUGAACAUAAGUGUAUUAGUUUCUAGCUGUCUAGCUUUUCAGUGUCCUAGGAGAGCUCAGUUGCGGUUGCCUAUACAUACAAAAUAAGCAUUAUAUAUAUUGAAGCUGUCGUUCAAAAAACAAUGCAACAAUAUUGCAGUAAAGGUAAAGGGUAAAGGGACACCUGACCAUUAGGUCCAGUCGUGACCGACUCUGGGGUUGCGCGCUCAUCUCGCGUUAUUGGCCGAGGGAGCCGGCAUACAGCUUCCGGGUCAUGUGGCCAGCAUGACUAAGCCGCUUCUGGCG